AUACAUGUCAAGGCUCAAGAGAAGUCUGACUUGUCCACCCCUUCUGUAGUACGUAUGUCUUGUUUAAGUUAGCUUGAUGGCUCCGAUCCCUCCUCAACGACGGCUAUAUGACAGUCGAUGCGCUGUGAAACUUCUCACAGAACUCAGGUACUUAUGCGCCGCCCAACAAGUCAAAGCAGCGCUUGUGCACCAUCGUACUCGGUAAACCUGCCCUGAUCUCGGCACAUUCUUCUCCGCAGGAAAAACAGUUGAAUGACGGACAAAAGACAAUUGCGGAUGAUCCAUUUUCCCACUGUAUCGUCGCUGUCUGACAUCUUUGCAUUUCCAAACCCUGCUUGUCUCUCUUCGAACAAUCUCACCUCUUCUGUGCUCGACAUCUGGACAUUCACUCCGACUAGCUGUUGCUGUCUGGCUAUGGAGAGGGUCUUGCUGUGUCCGCAUCCUUCUUCCCUUCAUGACCACUCUUGCACAAGGCAUAGCCCAUCUUGCCCUCUCGACAUUUGAUGCUCUGCCACCAAGAUGCAAACCUCGGAGAUUGGAAGACGGCAGGAGAGAAUGGACCCCUAUGGCAGCUGUGGUCCUGGCGACAGGAGAUGGACCUGCCGACUUGACCUGCGCAUCUUUAGCAACGGGAACAAAAUGCCUGGCUGCCUCCGCAUUGCCUAAAUGUCGAGGUUUGGUUCUUCACGACUCUCAUGCAGAAGUCCUUGCUUUGAGAGGUUUCAACCACUGGUUGCUUCGCGAAGUGCAAGCCAUUCUGGCUAAUCCGGCAUAUCAAUCACCAUUUCUUGAAGCAGCCUUCGAAACGGGCUCGGCCAACAAUCACCAGCACGAAUCACAAGCACCUUUCAGAUUGAAAAGCCAAGUCUCCGUCCACUUUUUCACCACAGAAGCUCCCUGUGGUGAUGCAUCCAUGGAGAUAUUGAUGGAAUCUUUGCCCACAGGUGAAGCCCAACCUUGGCCCACCGACCACCCAGACAUCACAGCAUUGCAAGGUCGAGGUCAUUUCUCGAUGCUGGGCUAUGUCCGGCGUAAACCAGCUCGGGCAGACGCGGAGCCCAGUCUAUCUAAAUCUUGCACUGACAAAUUAUCCGUCAAGCAGUUCACCAGCAUCUUAUCCUUUCCCGCUGACCUAUUUGUUCAACGAACCAUCAAUGCACACAUCGAAAGUGUGGUAGUAUAUGCCGACAAGUUCAAUUCCACUGGGUACGAGCGUGCAUUCGGGUCCUCUGGGAGGCUUUCUGCUGUUGCGGGCUCUGGUCGGUUUUUCCAGAUCCAACAGCUUUUUACAGCAUUUCCGAGAUUUUCUUUCGAGAGAACUUCACCAAAUCCAGACACAAAGGGCCGACUGAAGGCCAAAGCAAGUAAUAUCUCGACGUUGUGGAUAAAGAGUACCGCAGGCCAAAAUGACAUUCUCGAAGUCCUGAUCAAUGGAGUCAAGCAAGGUUUCAAACAAUGGGACACACGAACGGCAAAGGCCAGCGUCGUUUCUCGACGGAAUUUAUGGCAGCUCGCCUAUACCAUCGACAUCUCCAUGUCGGAUGAGGGCAUAAACAAUGGUGGAGAUGUGAAGCCACAAAUGCUUGACGAAAUUUGGACGCUUGGUGUGCGUCAGUCAUUAUCGGCUCCCAGUUAUGCCGAUGCAAAAUCCGUAUCACUAAGGCAGGAUCGUCAAGCAACGAAGGGAUAUAUCACUGAUACUAUGGGGAACUGGACCAGCAAUGACGGCGAUGGUGUUUGGGGUUUGACACAAUUGCCCUCUAGUUGAUACGACA